CUAAGUAACCUAAGCUGAUUGACAGUGACAAUUUUUCCUUGACUAACAUCUAAAAAUGAGAUUUUUAUUAAGACCUCACACUCUAAAUGUGUGCAAAAUAUUAUAUCGUUCGGUCCAUUUGGAUUGGUCCCCCAAUUGGAAACUUAGUAAAAAAAUCUGGGAUAGAUACAGGAAUCUCCCUAUCGCGAACUGUAAAGUGCAAGCGACUUACGUCUGGAUUGACGGAACUGGUGAGAAUUUGAGAUCCAAAACAAGGACUAUGGACUACACACCUAGCAGUCACAAGGACUGCCCCAAUUUGAAUUUCAACGGAAGUUUCACUUACCAAGCAGAACCGAAAAAUUCUGACGUUAUUUUAUGCCCCGUGGCGAUUUACAACGAUCCCAUAACCCAAGGGAAUAAUAAAUUAGUCCUGUGUGAAACCUACGACACUGAAGGACGACCAACUCAAUCGAACCAUCGCCACCACUGUAUGGAAACCUUGAACCAAGUCUGCGACAAAGAACCCAUGUUUGGGUUCGAGCAAGAAUUUAUGAUGAUGGAUGUCAAUAGUAGACCAUUUGGAUGGCCGGUUAUGUCAGGGGAGCCUUCACCCUUAGGUUCCUACUAUUGUAGCGUGGGGGCUGAUAGGGCAUUCGGUCGUGAAGUGGCAGAAUCACAUUAUCGCUGUCUUCUGUACUGCGGAGUGGACAUCUCGGGGGUGAACCCUGAAGCAACUCCUUCGCAAUGGGAAUUCAAAACGGGACCCACAAUUGGGAUUAAAGCGGCCGAUGAUCUUUGGAUCUCACGGUAUUUGUUGCAACGAGUCGCUGAAGAUUAUGGGGUGGCCAUUUCGUUUCACCCUAAAUUGUUUAAAAAUUGGAAAGGGUCAGGAUGUCACACGAAUUUCUCAACUAAAGAAAUGAGAGAAGAUGGUGGGUUUAAAUAUAUCGAGGAAGCUGUUAAAAAAUUAGAAAAGAGACACGAGGACCACAUCAAGGUGUAUGACCCACGAGGGGGCAAAUACAACGCUUUGAGAUUGACAGGACAUGGAACCAGCAAAGUAGAUAAAUUCACAUCCGGGGUUGCUGAUAGUACAGCUAGUGUCAAAAUUAGUAAAGCAGUAAUGCAGAAGCAAAAAGGACAUUUUGUCGAUAGGAGACCAGCCGGUAAUGCCGACCCGUAUCAAGUUAUGAAUGCACUGGUGUGUACUCUUUGUUUAAACCCACAUUAAUAGAGUUAAACGCUAAUAUUGUACGUGCGGACCGCAGACUAAACAAUAAAU